AUGAGGUUUGGAGAGCUCUGCAUUCCAAAUUUAGAAGGAAAACAGACAUUCCCAUCCGAAGCCUUUCCGCGAGUUCGCGAAGGGAAGCGGGCGGCCGCCACCGUAACGAGAGAAGCCGGCAACAGCCCCGUCGCGCGGCCGCCACGCCUUCCUCCGGCCGCGGCAGGGGACGCGGAGCGGCGGUUACGGCCUAGGGUUGCGGUGGGGAAAGAGGCCCCCUGUGGGACUAAACAAAACUUCGGUUGCUGGGAAGAGCGGUUGCGCAACCCUGGCAGAGGAAAGGCCGGGGCCGCCCAGCCCGGCCCCAGCGCGGCUUCCCGGAGGCUGCGCCACCGCGCGCACCAGGCACGCGCGGCCCCCGCGUCCGGCGGCCUCGAGCCCCAGGCGGCCCCCGGACUCGCCGCUCGGCGGGGGCCGGGGCGGGAACGCAGAGCGCCGGAGCGCAGGGGAGGCGGUCGGGGAGGCAGGACGCGCGACGGCUGCGGGCCUCUCCAGCGGUGUAGGGCCCGGCCGGAGUCCAGCCGGAGGCCCCGCGAGAGGAGCUACUCCCCCCACCCUGGGGAAACGGCGAAACACCCUCCCCCGACCGCUGCUGCUGCUACUGCUGCUCUGACUGCUGAGCGCCGGGCCCGUCUCCCUCAUCUUCCUUCCCGGGGAUUUGGGGUGGGGACGGCAGGGCUGGGGCGAGGGGUGGCGAGAGGCCGGCCGGCCGGCCUCCGACUGCUGGGGCCUACGGGCGGCGCGGGGUGCGGGGCCCGCGGCGGCUGGGGCCCAUUCCUGACGCCCCUGCCGCGAGAGGAGGAGAAGGAGACAGCCAGGAGACGCGGCGACGCCGGGGCCCGCGGCUCGGUCUCCUCAGGCCGCCGCGCUGCCGACAGUCGUCACGGAGGCAGCUGCCGCUGGCCGCCCCAGUCUCGGGCCCCUCCUCCGCGCCCGCCGGCCUCGGCCGCCGCCUCCGCAGCGCCACCGCCCGCCGGGCCGCGCUGCGCGCCGAGCCCGGGCGGCCCCGCUAGCCUCCGGCCCCGGCGCCUCCGCGAAGCCCCUCCCCGGGGCCCGCCCGCAGCCGCGCCCUUGUAG